AUGCGAAAAGCUAAUAUUGAUGCCUAUAUUAUUUUUGCUGGUGAUGAACAUGGUUCCGGCUAUACCGAAGCGGCGGAUAAAAAACGUGACUGGCUAACAGGUUUUCAAGGCUCAGCUGGUACAGCCGUGGUAACAACCGAUAAAGCAGCAUUAUGGACAGAUAGUCGUUAUUUUCAACAAGCUGAAGAACAAUUGGAUUGUAAAAAUUGGUUACUAAUGAAAGAUAGACAAAAAGAUGUACCAACAAUUAAUAAGUGGUUAAUUUCUGUUCUUACCGCUACAAGAAAGAACGUUGGUGUAACAACUCGCUUUGCGACCGUAAAUUGGUGGACAACUGCAUUAGAUGAAUUGCAGAAAAAUAAUAAUAUAACACUGGUAAGUGUUGAUGAUUUGGUUGUCAAGAUUUGGACAAAUCGACCACCACUUUCAACCCAACCUAUCGUCAUCCAUUCCUUCAAAUAUGCCGGUGAAGAUAUCAAUAGUAAAUUGAACAAAACAAGCGGUGAAUUAAGACGAGUUAAUGUCCAAUCAGUUAUUAUUAGUGCGCUUGAUGAAACUGCUUGGCUAUUUAAUUUGAGAGGAAAAGAUAUUCCAUAUAACCCAUUUUUCAAAUCUUACGCUAUUGUACAUGUUAAUUAUUCCACCGAUAAACCGGAACUAUUUUUAAAUGUUAGUCAAUUAGACUCAGAAGCACGAACACAGCUAGAUGCUGCUGGAAUUCGAUAUCAGAAUUAUAACAUGUUUUGGACGCGCAUAAAUUCAACUAUAGAAAAUUCAACGAUUAAAAAAAUUUUGAUUAGUUCAAAAGUUUCGGCAGCCAUUUAUAGUGUAAUUCCAAACGAGAAGCUAUCACUUCAAAAUUCACCAGUACAACGAAUAAAAGCAAAAAAAAAUCCGGUAGAAAGACAAGGAAUGAGAGCAUGUCAAUUACGUGAUGCUGUGGCAAGAAUGAAACAUCUCGGUUGGCUCGAAAAACAAUUAAAUAAUAAUAUAAAGAUAAAUGAAACAGAAUCAGCCGCAAAAUUAUUAGAAUAUCAAAAAUUACAAGCCGAAUUUCAAUAUCCAAGUUUUUCAACAAUUUCAGCCGCGGGUGAUCGAGCAGCAGUUGUUCAUUAUUCACCAGUACCCGAAACAGCAAGAGAAAUAAGAAAAGAUCAAAUUUAUUUGUUAGAUGCAGGUGGCCAAUAUUCUGAUUGUACGACAGAUAUAACACGAACACAUCAUUUCGGUCGACCAACAACAUUAGAACGUCGAGCAUAUACUCGGGUAUUGCAAGGAGUUGUUGAUUUAGCUUCAACAGUAUUUCCUGAAAACACAUAUGGGCGGUCACUGGAUCAUUUAGCCCGAAUGCAUCUUUUUAAAGACGGAAUGAUUUACGGUCACGGUACUGGUCAUGGUAUUGGCCAUUAUCUAAGUGUUCAUGAAGGCCCGCAAAAUAUUGCGGAUCAGUAUAAUCAGUAUGAAGAACCUCUUGCUGAAGGCAUGUUUGUUUCCGAUGAACCGGGCUUUUACAAAAACAAUGACUUUGGUAUUCGAAUUGAAAAUGAUGUCGAAGUUGUUGUGGCUAAUAAUAAAAGUAAUUAUACCCAAACCAGAUUUUUAAAAUUCAACACAAUAACCAUUUUACCGUAUGAGCGAUCACUCAUUGAUACAAGCUUGUUGACAAAGGAGCAAAUUCAGAUUAUCGAUGAAUAUCAUUCAAGUGUUUAUGAUCGUUUAAAAGAUUCACUGGGAGAUGAUACAGAUGCUCUUUCAGCCCUACAGACACGAACAAGUAAACUUGAACCAGAACCACCAACAUCAGUAGCACCAACACAACCAACAUCAGCAGCAAUAACGACAGCACAUACUUUAAUUCAGACAAUGUUAAACAGCAUAUUGACGAUCUUAUUCAUUAUCAUUUCUAUUUACCUCUUCUAA